AUGGAGGAAUACGAUCAUUUAUUAUUAAAUCAAACGACCGAAGAUGAUAAUAAAUUAUAUUUCACAUAUCAACAACAGGGUUAUUUAGGUAUUCAAGCUUCAACGUUAAAUGGAACGCUUCACAUUCGUUACCCGACAAAUUUACCUUUGAUAGCCAAAAAAAUCGAUAUCAUAUUCAGCGGAAAAUCUUACGUUCAAUGGAACGAAGGUACCAUCAUUAAUUACGCCGAAAAGAAGCACUUUGAAUACUCUUGUCGUGUAUAUGACGGGGAUGAUGAGUUGGGAUUAAGUUAUUUGGAUUUACCAUUCGAAUUUAAGAUACCGGAGAAUGCUCACUCUAGUAUUUUACCGGUCACGUCAAAACUUACCAAUCAUCUAGGAAAGGCAAAGAUUUAUUAUUCUAUCAAGGCGGUCAUCACAAAAGAAAGACGGAGUGAACUAUUUUUAAAAUUCAAGAAAUCAAAUAAGGAGGUGGAGAUCAAAUGUCCGAUAACGAGAUUUAUUCGACAACGAGAAAUCGAAAAGCAAGAAUCCAUUACGUUAACCAAAAAGGUGAAUAGUGGGGAUUAUUCCAUCACGUUCAACAAGGUAACUUUCAAUCAAUACGAUAUCAUCAAGUUAUCUCUCAAUAUCAAGAAUAUUAGUCGUAAAGUGAUCAGGAAUGUGAACAAGGCGAAGAUUCAAAUUAACUUUAAUGAGUAUUGUAAAUUAAAGGUGGGAUACAAGUCUCACUUGGUGGAGAAAAGGUUACUUCAUAGCGUCAUGAAUGAGAAUUUGGAUCAAACGUAUAAAGGUUUCGGUUUUGAUAUCGAAUUAUUUAAAGAAUAUAAUUUAUAUUUGAGUGAAAGUAAGGUUUGUUGUAGCGUGAAGACCGAUUUGAUUAACGUUUGGCACGUGGUUGAGAUCAUUGUAUUCUUGAAUGGCAAGAAACGAGUCAAAUUUGAGAAAAUCAUUAACAUCGUUAAUGCCAUUGAUGAAAUUUAG